AUGAUCAAAGGCUGCUCUCCCUCCACCCCCAGGAUACCUUCCCUGGCUCAUUUGACACAAUGGCCUCUCAGCACAGCUUAUAACACGCGACGAGCUGCAGCAUUCAGCCAUGCAAGCACACGCAUAUACCCAGUCCGAGCACUGGCUCAGCACCCACACCGUCGUCCCUUCCACAGCAGCCCCCACCUCUUAGCCCAGCGCACGCACUACGAUGUCCUCGGCGUCCCACCUACCACCACAAAAGCUGAUCUAAAAAAGCGCUUCUACGUCCUCAGCAAAGAAACCCACCCAGACAUGAAUCGCAACGACCCAAAGGCCAGCGAGCGUUUCGCCGAAGUCUCCGAAGCAUACGCCAUCCUCGGCAACGAUGAGAAACGCAAAAAAUACGACCGCGAAGUCAUGCCGCGACCCUCACGAUCCUCGCAGCGCAGUGGUGGUGCAAAAGGCACAUACGCAGGCAGUCGACCAGCGACAGGUCUAAGCACACGAAGAGGCACGUUCAGAGGUCCACCCCCAAGUUUCUACGCACAGAGCGGGCAGAGUGCGAAUCCGAGUGCGGAAGAGUAUGCAAGGAGAGAGCAGCAGGCGUACAAUCAGGGCGCGCCAGCCGGUGCUUUCGAUCCGAGACAGUAUGCGGCUCCUGGACAUUGGGAUCCGACUUUCAACUCAGAUCCUGUUUAUAAGACUCAGACUGCGGAGGAUUCGAGGAGGACACAGAGACGAGCGGCCGAGAUGGCUGCUGCUCAGGCAUAUGCAGAGGAACAGGGUAAUUUUUGGGCACGUUUCAUUGUCGUCAGUGGUGUUGUUGCCUUUGGCGUUGGCGUGGGUACUAUGAUCAACAGGAUGAGUGCCAGUCCAAGAGGUGGUCUGCUGACUGGUGACGGUACGAGACGGGACAAAUCAACUAUUGGACGUUAA